AUGAUCUCACCACGAGGCUCUACACAGCCAUUUCAGAUGUAUGCCUACGGUCCUGGCAUUGGUGGCCUUUCAAUUUUCUCCUCCGGUGGUAAUGCCUUUAUUGGUGACUACCAAAGUACGAAUCAGUCACAGGCUGCUCCAGUUAUAAUAACUCCUGCUCAUACAGGGGUCAAAAACGGAUCUUGGAUUGGGAAUCCUAAUACUACUCGUCCUGUAAAUUCGAUUGAUCCUCCGACGUGGUCGAACCGCGAAUUUGCUAUUCCGGGACCCGAGUCGUCAUCUAAUCAAGUUGGUUUUGUAACAGCGGUAAACGACACCUCUAACACAAUUACCUCGGGCUUUCGCUUUUAUGGGAACGUCAUAUUAUUAUUGACUAGUGAUGGGAAAUGGGAGUCUCUUUGGUCUGCUGUUCCAACUGCUAUAGACGAUGUUUAUUUGCUACAGUGGAACGUGACGGAUGGUGAGGACAGCAACCAAGUGCCAUUGGUAUUGAAGAGGACCCCCCCUUCCAAUUCAUAA